GUUGUCAGCCACAGCCAAGAUUCCUGUGGAAGACAUCUUAACACUGAUAUGCAGAACGUUGUCUGUUAAUAACAAAAUGUUGCUAUCCAAACGCACAACAGAGCGCCUCAUGCUGGGGUACAUCAUUCCUUCCAUUCACAAAGCAGCUCUUCAACUCUUAUCAGCUCUCAUACUCUGCACAAAGAAAAUCCUGGUGCCAUUCUGUGGGUGUAUCAUCUCCCAGCUCACACAGACUCUCAGCUGGACACAUGUUAACUGUUACACCGUGGGCAUGGACAAACCAUACAGUCACCUGCGGGAAACUGUGUAUGCCGUGACUUGUGAUUUGUUAAAAACUCUGGGAGGUUGCUGUGACCUGGGGUUGUUGGGGUCAGAGUUCAUUCAGGAGCUGUUGUCAGACAUCAGAGCUGAGGAAAUAGAACUGAAGAUAAACAGUUCAAAACUGAAUAAGAAUAACAGUUCAGACGGCCCAUCUUCUUCCAAGAAAAGGAAGAAAAGUGGGGGUUAUCAGGAGAUAAGUCGGGGCCAAGGACUGGCUAAAAAGAUCAACAAAACAGCCAAUCACAGCACUUGUUCCAUGGCUCUGGAAGCACUGAGGUGGCUCUUACAUACAAAUGGCAGUACAGUGAUGACAAAGACAAUGAAAGAGAUAGUGCAUUGCCUCAUGGAGGUAAGCAACCGCAUGCAGCAGUGUGCUGACUCCCCUGCCCUCCCGUACGCUCACCCAGCCUGCCGAGUGGGAAUAUAUCGGGCAGUGUUAGCCUUAGUACUAGUGCCACACCCUACUGUUCCACCCCCGGUACACCUGGCUUUCAGACUCCUACAGGGGGGGCUUCAGACCCAGACUUGCAGGUGUCAUCGUGCUGUAGAGAAGCUGUGAACAUUGUAGAGGUUAUUGUGCAUCCCAGAGCACCAUGUCUCCAGCCAGUGGUCAAGAUGACUGACCCUCCCAUCCUGAUUGGGCAGAGUACAAUGAUGAGAGGUGGGACGAAUGUGGAAUCUAACAAUAUGACGUGCGAACAUGAUGGUGAAACGUAUUAUGAUAUUCCAGGUACACAUGGUGGAAAUCCAUGGAGGAAGCUGGGAGCUUUCAACCCUCUUGAUGACUACAUUAGAAGUCCUCACCACAAAGAUGUAUCGCAUGAAACAGUCGAAAUUUCUGCGAGAACUGUUAAGCGGAGUGAGGAAACAUUUACAAGCAGUCAAAUGCAAUUACAAGCCAAGGCUUCAACAUCAAGCCUUGAAAGCCAUCUUGAUAACUUUCUUGCUACUAACUGUGACCUGCCAGCCAAUCAAAUGGUUUGUAACAUUGAUUUUGAAAGAACUAAUAUGAUUGAUCAGAAGAAAGUUGAGGUUGUGUCAUCUUCUGUUGCUAUGGUAGCAAAAAACCCUUUGGAUUUGUUGGAGGUCCAAAAAACUUGUACAGUUGAUGAAGAAGUGGAGGAAGCGGGUGAUGUUGUUCCUGUGAGUUUAGAAGGGAACGCAGUCUCUAAAACUGAUACAGAAUGCAAAGUCAUCUAUCCAGAUGUCCAACAAAAGUCUCUAUUGGCAGAUACAAGUGAUUUGAAAGAGAAUGAAGAUCUCGAAGAUAUGCUGUCCAGUUUUGUUGACGCGAGCCCCGACAGAGACUCUGAAAAUAAUUAAAUUGACUUUAUACUUGUAUUAAAGUAAUCAUAUAAAC